CCCAUGUCGACGGCGAAGCAACCUUUUGUCAGUUUCACGGAGCGACAACUAGCCAUGUUCUUUUUCAACCGCGGAGGCGCACUGAGGGCACGGGUUCAGGAACUGGUCGGUACCGUCUGCACAUCCAUGCAGGAUGUUGAGGAGUGGAUAGGAGAAAAAGAACCAGGCUUUCUCAUCAAGCACCUCACCGUCGAUAUCGAUCCCGAAGACCUGACCAGUCGCCAGAGAGGCAAGGCUGGACACCGUGCUGCGAUCAAGUUGUUAUCCCUUGAUGAUUUCGAGACCCACUUGCAGAUGCUGGACGAUCCAGAGAUAUUUUCUCAGGGGUCUUUACGAACUGACGGAUUCACUAUGCAGCUCCUGUGUUCCAAGGUCAGGGAACUUCUGUCAGUCAAAUACAAACGGUUGCCCGACGAUCGCCUACCUCCUCGAUUGACUUCAACACUUCACGGUACCAGUGAUUUUUUGACGGAGAUCCGAAACAUUGUCCGAACCAAAGACGAUGUGGCGAGACUUUGGCCU